GCCCCCCGCGCGCGCGCGCGGCCAUGGAUGUGACCAGCAGCUCGGGCGGCGGCGGCGACCCCCGGCAGAUCGAGGAGACUAAGCCGCUGCUGGGAGGCGACGUGCCGGCCCCCGAGGGCACGAAGAUGGGCGCCGUGCCCUGCCGCCGGGCCCUCCUGCUCUGCAACGGCAUGAGGUACAAACUGCUGCAGGAGGGCGACAUCCAGGUCUGUGUCAUCCGGCACCCGCGGACCUUUCUCAGCAAGAUCCUCACCUCGAAGUUCCUGAGGCGCUGGGAGCCGCACCACCUAACGCUGGCCGACAACAGCCUGGCGUCAGCCACGCCCACUGGGUACAUGGAAAACUCGGUCUCCUACAGCGCCAUCGAGGACGUGCAGCUGCUGUCCUGGGAGAAUGCCCCGAAGUACUGUUUACAGCUCACAAUCCCGGGGGGCACCGUCCUGCUGCAGGCUGCCAACAGCUACCUGCGAGACCAGUGGUUCCACUCCCUGCAGUGGAAGAAAAAGAUUUACAAGUACAAGAAAGUCCUGAGUAACCCAAGCCGCUGGGAAGUGGUCUUGAAAGAGAUCCGGACACUGGUGGACAUGGCCCUGACCUCCCCACUGCAGGAUGACUCCAUCAACCAAGCGCCCCUGGAAAUCGUCUCCAAACUGCUCUCCGAGAACACCAACCUGACCACCCAGGAGCAUGAGAACAUCAUCGUGGCAAUCGCUCCUUUGCUGGAAAACAACCAUCCACCGCCAGAUCUCUGUGAAUUCUUUUGCAAGCACUGCAGAGAGCGGCCCCGGUCCAUGGUGGUCAUCGAGGUGUUCACACCCGUGGUGCAGAGAAUCCUCAAGCAUAACAUGGACUUCGGGAAGUGCCCACGGCUGAGGCUGUUCACUCAGGAGUAUAUCCUCGCCUUGAAUGAGCUCAACGCUGGCAUGGAGGUGGUGAAGAAAUUCAUUCAGAGCAUGCACGGCCCCACGGGGCACUGCCCCCACCCCCGGGUCCUGCCCAACCUGGUGGCCGUGUGCCUGGCUGCCAUCUACUCCUGCUACGAAGAGUUCAUCAACAGCCGUGACAACUCCCCGAGCCUGAAGGAGAUCCGGAACGGCUGCCAGCAGCCAUGCGACCGGAAGCCCACCUUACCUCUGCGCCUUCUGCACCCCAGCCCAGACCUGGUGUCUCAGGAAGCCACGCUGUCUGACGCGCGGCUCAAGUCGGUGGUCGUGGCCUCCAGCGAGAUCCACGUGGAGGUGGAGCGCACCAGCACUGCCAAGCCAGCACUGACGGCCAGUACGGGCAACGACAGCGAGCCCAACCUCAUCGACUGCCUCAUGGUCAGCCCUGCCUGCAGCACCAUGAGCAUCGAGCUGGGCCCCCAGGCCGACCGCACACUCGGCUGCUACGUGGAGAUCCUGAAGCUGCUGUCGGACUACGAUGACUGGAGACCGUCUCUGGCCAGCCUGCUUCAACCCAUCCCAUUCCCCAAAGAAGCGCUCGCACACGAGAAGUUCACCAAGGAGCUGAAGUACGUGAUUCAGAGGUUUGCAGAGGACCCUCGACAGGAGGUCCACUCGUGCCUGCUGAGCGUGCGGGCCGGCAAGGAUGGCUGGUUCCAGCUCUACAGCCCCGGUGGGGUGGCCUGUGAUGACGACGGGGAGCUGUUUGCCAGCAUGGUGCACAUCCUCAUGGGCUCCUGUUACAAGACCAAAAAAUUCCUGCUCUCCCUGGCGGAAAACAAGCUGGGCCCCUGCAUGCUCCUGGCGCUGAGAGGGAACCAGACCAUGGUGGAGAUCCUGUGCUUGAUGCUGGAGUACAACAUCAUCGACAACAAUGACACGCAGCUGCAGAUCAUCUCCACGCUGGAGAGCACAGACGUGGGCAGGCGCAUGUAUGAGCAGCUGUGCGACCGACAGCGGGAGCUGAAGGAGCUGCAAAGGAAAGGCGGGCCCACCAGGCUCACACUGCCAUCGAAGUCCACAGACGCUGACCUGGCUCGCUUGCUGAGCUCGGGCUCCUUCGGAAACCUGGAGAACCUCAGCUUGGCCUUCACUAAUGUCACCAGUGCCUGCGCGGAACACCUCAUCAAACUGCCUUCUCUCAAGCAGCUCAACCUGUGGUCCACGCAGUUUGGAGACGCCGGCCUGCGGCUCCUGUCAGAACACCUCACCAUGCUCCAGGUGCUGAACCUGUGCGAGACCCCCGUCACCGAUGCCGGGCUCCUGGCCCUCAGCUCCAUGAAGAGUCUCUGCAGUUUAAACAUGAACAGCACCAAGCUCUCGGCCGACACCUACGAAGAUCUGAAGGCCAAGCUUCCUAACCUGAAGGAGGUGGACGUCCGCUACACAGAAGCCUGGUGAAGCCCCCAGCGUGUGGCAGGAUGACAUUGCAGCCGCGAUAAAGCGACUUGACGAAUAGCUGUAGCAGCCGUGCGGGUGCCCCGGCGCCUGGCUGUGGGAUAGAUGGGGGAGUCUCUGGGGGUGGAGGGGGGAGGGGGGCUGCGAGCACGCCCAGCCCCCGCCUGAUUCUUUUAGCUUCACAAUCGGAACCUUUGGCCUGGCCUAAAUCGGACUUUGGCAACCAGAGGAGCAAGGGGAGCCUCAGCCGGUCGGUCAGGAGGGGCGGGGGAGGCGCGGGUGGGGACCCUUCGUGGAUUUUCUUUGCCUUUGUGUUUAACGUCACGCGGAAAGGCGACUGGGACGCCACCAUCGCGCUGGCCGGACAAGGAUGCACCCUUUCCGGAGGCGAGGUGCCCGCCGGCAGCGAGUAGAGCUCAGAUCUCGCCCGCCGCCGCAGCCACUGGGACCGAAGACCCAGUCAGUCACCGCUGUCCUGUGUCCUCACCAUUGCUAUGCAAAGUGGUUCUCAUUGUACAUAAGAUUUAAAUAAUGCACCUAUUUAAGAAAUGUUGACAAAUUGUGGGUCUGGGACCUGCUCUUAUUUAUGAAGUCUGACCCUCCCUUCCCGUCCCCCGCACCCCCCUGGCGUGUAGUACUGUACGAACCAGUCAGCUGUUGGGUUAGUGGUAGUUUUAUUGUUAUUUUUUUAAAGGAAACAGUCAAAAAAAGAGAAAGAGAAAAAAAAAACCCUCCUUGGAAAAUUAACUUGCUGUUUCGUAAUGGAUUCCAUAGGCUAAUGCUCGCCCAUCCGUCCGUCCGUCUGCCCACCUGUAUAUUUCUGAUUUCCAGGUGUCUCAGCGUCCUCCCGGGUGGGGGUCGGGCUGGGGGAGGAGGAAGAAAGGCGACCCCACAUCGUCUUGCUCCUCUAAGGCCCAAGCUCUGCCCCUUGGCCCCUUUUCUGGAUUUGGAAGGGGCGAGAACUGUCCCUCCCAGUCCUUCCCUGGUAGAAGAACCGCCCCCCCCCACACGGCCUCCAUCUCCUGGGCCUUUGCUGUCCCCGCCCCCCGCUGAGACUUAGGACCUGAGGCUCCCCACCGCGUCCCCGUCCCGUGUCCCCUCACGCAUGCCCACCUCUUUGCAUGGUCUCUUGGGAGAAGAGAGAUUCGACACCCCAUCAAUGUGCUCCCUGCAGCGAAGACGCCCUGUGUCGUCACAUUGCCCCCAGACAAACCGACCUCCAUUUCUUUUAUAAGCAGCUUUUUCUUAACAAGCCCUCACUGUACAGAACAGCCCCGCGGCGGCUUAUUUGGGAUCCCCGGUCCCGCAACCCCUCUUUCUGUUGGUUUAGCACAAAUACAUCCCCCCCCUCUGGCACCUCCAAACCUAAACUACAGUCAGUGUAAUUGUUUUAUAUAUAUUUAAUCUUAUCCAAUGGAAACCAUGCUUUCGUCGUUUUAUACUUUGCUAGGUAGACUUUAUUACCCCCCCACCACAGGAUGCCCUCAUUUUUUUAAAAAAGGAAAAAAAAAAAAGAGAAAUUGGGUUUCAGUCUUAAUUCAUUUUCUGUGCCAGGUUUUAUUUUGUGUGUGUGUGUGUGUGUGUGUGUGUGCGAGUGUGUUCCGUGUCCUGUUUUCUGUUGUUUUCUGUUGUUUGGUUUUAGUUCCUUGCCCCUGUCCCCGGUUCCGUACUCCAUAGCACUCUGGUGCAGGAAGAAGCAGAAGCAAAAACAAAAAACAAAAAACUAACAAAAAAAAAACAUUAAAAAAUUCAAAAAGAAAAAAAAAAAAAAGAAGAAACAAGACAUGCCACCUUUCCCCUCGCACUGUUGCUUUUCCUGAUGGUUAAUACUACUGUCACGUAGCUGUGUACAAAGAGAUGUGAAAUACUUUCAGGCAAAAAUAAACUGUAAGUGACUCAUUGA